AUGAUUUAUAGGAAAACUAUACUGCACUUACCAAGCGCAUUGCUGCUAGCCCUUUUGACUGUCGUUUUUGCGCAUGGCGACGGUGAUAGCAUGGACAUGAAGAUGGACAUGGGAAUGGGCCAUGUCAGCAACACAACGCAACCACCCAAGGACCAAGAAUACCCUGACACUUAUUUCGCCCAUACUGAGCAUUCCGGAGUCAUCUACACCCAUAUUGCCUUGAUGAUCCUUUCUUGGGUAUUCCUCCUCCCAAUUGCCGUAAUGCUCUCACUGGCACGUUCUCGCUUUACACUACCUGCACAACUCGUCUUUCUAGCUUCAAAUGCCCUGGGACUUGUUCUCGGUGUCAUAUACAACGCUCAAACACCAGACUUGUAUCCUAACAAUGCGCACCACAAGAUCGGGUGGAUUGUGACCUGGGUCGUCUGUGCCCAGGUACUCAUCAGUGCAGUGGGCUUCAUCGCGGGUGCCCUCAAGGGUCAUGAGAACAAACCAAGCGGCCGAGAGUCUCACUCUUUCUUGCCUGUUUCGACCCGAGAGACUAGCUUCUCGCACCACGGCUACCACGACGAUAAUCCUUACCGCACCUCCGAUGACAGUGGAAGAGGCACCGAGCCAAAUAGUCCUUCGCUUCAGAGCGACUCCGUAUCGACACUCAAUGGCAUAGAAUCGCCUCCGCAGCACCCAAGGAAAGAAUACGAGGACGAUGAAGACAUGGAAGAGCUAUCGCUGUCUUCUCCUGCACCCCAAGGAACUUUUGCCCGCCAUGCCUCCAAGAUGGCUACGUCGCGAGUAUGGAAGUACCUCGACGUUGCGCGAAAGGUGAUUGAUCGAAUCAUCCUUCCCUUCGGCUCUAUUGCUCUAGCUACUGGCGUGGCCACCUUUGGUCGCUUCUUUGAGGGAUCCGGAAUCUUCAAUGGCCUGGCGCACUGGGUCAAGGGUGGCGUCUUCUUCUGGCUAGGUCUCUUUACUCUGGGUCGCUGGUCAGGUAGCUUUGGUGAGCUCGGCUGGGCAUGGAACGUUCGCCCCAAGAAAGGCUCCCAGAAAUGGCGCCCUUCUGCCGAGUUCGUCGAGAGCUUUUUGAUCUUCUUCUAUGGCUCCACCAAUAUCUUCAUGGAGCACCUCGGCGGUUGGGGAGGAGCCUGGACUGCGCAGGAUAUGGAGCACAUUUCCAUCACUGUUCUCUUUCUUGGAGGAGGUCUGUGUGGUAUGUUGAUCGAGUCGACUCGCAUCCGCAACCUCCUGAACACAACCGUGGAGGAUAUCGAGCCAAAGCGCCCCCACGCAAUCGAAGAAGCGGACGAAACCGAGGCCCCUGCCACAUACGAGUUCUCUCUGAACCCCAUCCCGGCUCUGGUCAUCAUGCUGCUUGGCCUCAUGAUGAGUUCGCAUACGCAACACACCAUGAUGUCCAGCAUGGUUCACAAGCAGUGGGGAAAUCUCCUCCUUGGAGCUUCGCUUGCUCGAAGCCUUACAUACAUCUUGAUGUUCAUCAAGCCGCCCAAGUCCAUCCUCCCAUCACGACCCCCUACCGAGCUUCUCGCGGCGUUCGGACUUAUCUCUGGAGGAGUUAUUUUCAUGGCUAGCAGUACCGAUACUGUCGACGGAAUGAUCCACUACGGUCUCGACGCCAUGUUCAUGUACACCGUUACAAUGGGCUUGGUCGGACUCUUAAUGGCUUGGAUAGUCAUCGUCCUUGCCGUCAAGGGAUGGGCGGUGCGACUCGAACGGCGCCGAGUUUCGAAAUAG